AUGGAAGCUACUUCACAGCCAUGUUUCUCUCAGAGUUAUCUUACACCAUCACAAAACUACCUCUCGAUCCGAAAGCAACCUGCAAAGCCAUGGAAAAGACCCGUAGCAGCUUCACUUCAACGAAUGCAUCCUAAGGUUUACAGAGUCGAGCCUGUUAACUUCAAGGAGUUGGUUCAGAGGUUAACCGGCGCACAAGAACAUGAGCCAGAGGUGAGACAGGUUCUUGCUGAUGCUAAGCCACUCAAGGUUCCUGUUGAAACAACUACAACAACAAGAGCUAACGAGAAUCCAUUCGCGUCGUCUGAUCUUUCACCGUCGUCAUCUCGAUUCUGGGAAGCUUUCCCUCUUCUCAGUCCUGCAAAUCUCUCAAGAUGGUAG